AUGGGUCAGGACCUUAUUGGCCAAUUCACUGAGUCCCAGGACCCUAUUGGCCAGUUCACUGGGUCAGACUUUGGCCAGUUCACUGGGUCAGACCCUAUUGGCCAGUUCACUGGGUCAGGGACCCUAUUGGCCAGUUCACUGGAGUCAGACCUUAUUGGCUUCCAGUUCACUGGCUCGGACGAUGACAGCUCCAGCUCGGCAGUGUAUAUGUACCCACUGAGGGCCAUCAACAAGAGACUGGUGGAGAUCAUAGGAGCCUGCUACAGCAACAAGGGACACAUUAGGACGUCUGCCGUCUACUCAGUACUCCUCCAAUGUGGUGCUGAGUUCCUGCCCUCCCCACUUGCCAGUAGGGCAGAGUUCGCCCCGGCAGCCAAACCCAUCUUCACCAAGAAGGGCCUGAUGACCGCUGUGGCCGUCGCUGUGGAAACGAACACACCGUUGCCUUCCUGGGGACUGCUGGAGAGCUGCACCUGUCGGCCAGUCCAGAGGUGUAGCGAAGCCGCGCCCCGGGGAGAAUACCGUGACAAGGUCAACAAGAACCUGCUGUUUGACACCAGCCUCAGCACACCUCUACAUCACCACAGAGAAGAAGAUCACCAGGUGCCAGUGCAGGCGUGCCACCUGAAGUCAGACUGCCAGUCCUGCGUGUCACAGAAAGACCCCUACUGUGUACCAGGAAGGGAGACUGUCCCGGGAGUUGAUGACAACAGGUGGCUGUGGAGCCCCAACCAGCAGUGUGUUCAGAUCCAGGCCUUUUGCCCACCCAACCUCAGCUGUAUGAAGACCCAGGGCAGGGUUGAAAUCGACAUCCCCACCCUCCCCAGGAUCAGCCGUUCUGACGUUAUAGAGAGUGCAGACUUUGUGACGGUGCCAGUGGAGAUCCUGGUCAACGAUAGCAUCGAGGUGACGUCCAGUGAAUACAAGUUCUACAACUGUGCAGCCACAUCAGGAAGUCAGAGAACACACCGUAAGUGGCGCCAGUUAAACCCUUUAUGGUCAUCAACCUUUUCUGAGGUGUAUGCGUGUGUGACCAGUGAGUGGCAGUGCCAGUGGAAUGGCCGUACCACACCUGCAGUGACAGCGAUGACGCUUGUAGAGGGAGCUCACGUCAUCAAAGCCCAACAAGCUGAUAGCUGUCCUCAGUUUGAGAACCCAGAUCCUCAGCUCAUCCCUGUAGGCCACCGCAUCCCCAUCAGCUUCCAAGGGAAGAACCUGGACAUUUACAAGUUUGCCUACGACAAGGAGCAGGAGGUCAAUGUGUCCUUCCACAUCAAAGACAGAGACACAGAGAAGAAGAUUGACAGCACUCUGACUGUGGUGCUGUAUAACUGUUCUCUGGGUCGUGAGGACUGCAGCCUGUGUAAGAACGCCGACCCCAAAUACAACUGUGUGUGGUGUGCCAAUAUGAAGUCCUGUGUCUACAGGGAAUUGUGCCAGUCCCAGGAACCAGCGCCGUGCCCCAACCCCAAGAUCACUGACAUCAUCCCUCGUUUCGGGCCUCUGAACGGUGGGAUAGCGGUGACCAUUAAAGGGUCUAACCUGGGCAUAAAGAAGGAGGACAUUAAGAAGGUGACGGUGGCUGGAGUGGACUGUGUUCACCAGGGGGACAGAUACUCUGUAUCCACCAGUAUUGUGUGUGAGAUCGGUCCGGCCCGGCAUCCUGCUCCAGUGGACCUCCCAGUUCCCAUCAACCAGGGGGAAGUGGAGGUAGAGGUGGAGGGGGGCAGGAGAGGACGUUCAGAGGUCCUCUUCACCUAUAGGGACCCCAUCCCUGAGACCGUUUCCCCCCUGAAGGGCCCUAAGGCUGGGGGAACAGUCAUCACUAUCUCUGGGAAACACCUGAAUACGGCAAACAAGGAUGAUGUUAUUGUCACCGUGGGGGGAACGCCCUGUAAAGUGUUGUCGUUUGGCAGUGAGAUCACCUGUGAGACAGGUGCAUACAAGGGCCAGAAGGUUCCAUCGGAGCCCCUGAUAGUCUCAGUGAGGUAUGGGAAGACCACCUCCAAGGAUGUCCCUGUCCCCUUCCAGUACUCUGAGAACGCCAAACUCACUGACUACAACCCCAAGACCAGCUUCGUAUGUGGAGGCAGGAGGAUCGUGUGUGUGGGCAGUGGUUUUGACCUCAUCCAGAGAGCCACCAUGAAGGUGCUGCCCUCUGCUGACGACUUCUCUCAGGAGGCCCCUCCCAUUGAGUUCAUCCAGUAUGCCCUACAUAAGAACGACACAGUGUUGCUGUUUGACAGUCCAGCGGUGAACAGGUCCUAUGAGACCCAGUCCUUUAAGACCUUGCUCCAGCUAGACAACGAAGUAGAGGAACUGAAGACCUUUGACUACCACCCCGACCCGUUGUUCAAUGAACUGACCAAGAACAUCAUCACUGAAACCUCCAUCAUCAUCGUCACGGGUCGUGGUUUCAGCAAGGGCAUGACAGCUGAAGAAGCCCAGGCGUUCGUAGGAGAUGCCUCCUGCAAGGUGACCAUCCUGCAGGAUGACAAGCUGUUCCUGGAAGCUCCGUCCACCCAGCCCAGAGCCCGCUCCAAACGCCAGCGCAGAGACACCAGCUCCGACCCUUUGGACCUAACGAUAAAGUUUGGUAAUGGUGAGUGGGUGGUGGGCUCAGUGAACUAUGAGAGGAAGUAUGAGAUUCCUUUGGCUAUCAUCAUCCCAGCUGUCAUCGUCCCUAUGCUACUGUUCAUAGCUGUGUCCGUCUACUGCUACAGGAGGAAGAGCCAGCAGGCAGAGAGAGAGUAUGAGAAAGUAAAACACCAGUUGGAGAAUCUGGAGGAGAGCGUGAGAGACCGCUGCAAGAAGGAAUUCACAGACCUGAUGAUCGAGAUGGAGGACCAGACCAAUGACCUGAGUGAGGCCAGGAUCCCCUUCCUGGACUAUAAGACCUACACAGACCGGGUCUUCUUCCUACCCUCUAAAGACGGGGACAAUGAUGUCAUGAUCACUGGCAAGCUGGACAUCCCCGAGGGACGGAAGGUCAUCGUAGCUCAGGCCCUCAACCAGUUCUCCAACCUGCUCAACUCCAAGACCUUCCUCAUCAAUUUCAUCAAGACCUUGGAGGGCCGUCCAGACUUUAACGCCAGGUCCAGGGUCUACUUUGCGUCGUUACUAACUGUGGCUCUGCACGGGAAACUAGAGUACUACACAGACAUCAUGAGAAGCCUACUGCUGGAACUGAUGGAGGAAUAUGUGCACAGCAAGAACCCCAAACUCAUGCUGCGCAGGUCAGAGACGGUGGUGGAGAGGAUGCUGUGUAACUGGAUGUCCAUCUGUCUCUAUCAGUUCCUCAGGGACUCUGCGGGCGAGCCCCUAUACAAACUGUUCAAGGCCAUCAAGCACCAGGUAGAGAAGGGUCCAGUGGACGCUAAGAUGAAGAAGGCCAAGUACACUCUGAACGACACGGGGCUCCUAGGGGACGAUGUGGAGUACUGCGUCCUGACCCUGCAGGUGCUGGUGCACGGGGAGGGGCCAGACGUGACGCCGGUGAAGGUGCUGAACUGUGACACCAUCUCUCAGGUGAAGGAGAAGAUAAUUGAACAGGUGUACCGCAACCUGCCCUACACACAGAGACCGAAGGUGGACAGUGUUGCUCUGGAGUGGCGCCCCGGCUCUACAGGGCAGAUCCUGUCAGACAUGGACUUGACGUCACAGAAGGAGGGCAGGUGGAAGAGACUCAACACACUGGCACAUUACAACGUGAGAGACAAUGCCACGCUGGUGCUGUCCAGAGUGCUUCACACCCAUCGCCAGUUCCACCAGAACCAGGACAGCCAUGAAGAAAAAAACGCCCUGUUGGAAGAUGACAAGGUGUUCCACCUGGUGCGGCCAGCAGACGAGCUGGAUGAGGUCAAAUCUAAGAGAGGAAGUUUGAAGGCUAAGGCUACGACUAAAGCCAUCGCUGAGAUCUACCUGACACGACUGCUCUCUGUCAAGGGUACUCUGCAGCAGUUUGUGGAUGAUUUCUUCCGCAGUGUGUUGUGUUCUGGAGCGGUGGUUCCUCCUGCUGUUAAAUACUUCUUUGACUUCCUGGAUGAGCAGGCUCUGAAACACGACAACGUUGAGGAGGAGACUGUCCAUAUCUGGAAGACCAACAGCCUGCCCUUGCGUUUCUGGGUGAACAUCCUGAAGAACCCUCACUUCAUCUUUGACGUGCACGUGACGGAGGUGGUGGACGCGUCGCUGUCCGUCAUCGCUCAGACCUUCAUGGACGCCUGCACCAAGACGGAACACAAACUGAGCCGGGAAUCUCCCAGCAACAAGCUGCUCUAUGCAAAGGAGAUCUCCACCUAUAAGAAGAUGGUGGACGAUUACUACAAGGGAAUCAAGCAGAUGGUCCCAGUCAGUGACCAGGACAUGAACACACACCUGGCUGAGGUGUCCAGGGAACACACAGACAAGCUGAAUACCCAGGCGGCCUUGCACCAGCUCUACCAGUAUGCCAGCAAAUACUAUGACGGGUCUUUAGAUGAAGACCCAGCCGCCCAGAGUAAACAGCUGACCCUGCGGCUGCAGCAGAUAGCCGCCGCCCUCGAGAACAAGGUCACUGACCUUUAA